GCUUGAACCGCCGCGGAAGAGAUGGUGGAGCUCUAUUCAGGCUCAUUACUCUUCGGUUAAUCAACCACAGGUUGGAGGAGCCACCCCUGCAACACUUUAGGCUUUCUCUCUUUAAUCUGGAAGCAUCUGUUCGCCACCCUGAAGGAUGUCGGACACUCUGACCAGAGGGUUUCGUUCCCAGCUGACCACGUCAAUGGACGUAGUCUUAAAGAGGACUGUGUUGGAAGUCAUGAAUAUUUUUGAAAACACUGUGUACGAAUAUCGAAUGCAACUUUCAUACAAAGUCAAAGAGGUGUCUGAGCUCAAAGCGAAGUUGCAGACAGCAGAGUUGAGGCUGCAAGCCCUGCUGCAUGGGAAGGAUGGAGGACAAGAAAUUACCCAAGUGGCAAGUGAAACUCAAACACCAUCUGAAGCUCCUACACAAACCCGGACACAAUCCACUGAUGUGUCCGAAGUUGAUGCUGUACCUGAAGACUGGUGUGAACCUGUGAGCUCCGAGACUAUGAGCGUUCAAGAUGUUGGUGAAUCUCCUGGUGUAAAACUUCGCCCGCUGUCCAUCUCUCUUUGGAAUCUUCCAGUCCGCAAAACUGAGGGGGGUUACUGUGGCAUUGACUCACACCUCAAAACCUGGAAUUCCACGAGAUUCACUGCUUCAAACAAUCCGAACAUGAGUAGGAUUAAAACUUUUCCAGUGCCAAACUUGGAACAAGAGUCACCCGACCAAGCACAACUCGAAGAUCUGAGAAGACGCAAGAAAAUGUCAGCAGGAGAGGUGAAAAAGCAAACGGUGAAGAGGAAGAAAAAUAAAAAAGCUGCAGAGGCCAGGUCUACUGAGGUGAACACUGUGGAAAAAAAUGUAGGCAACAUGUACCCUUGUAAAGUUUGCAACAAAGUAUAUGAAUCAGAUUAUGGCCUACAUGAGCAUGCACGAAUCCAUAAGCAAUGCAGUGGCUGCAAAAAAAUCUUCCCGUCAAAAAGGUUGUUUAUUUGUCACAAGCUGUCUUGUAGAAAAUUGAAAGUGCAGGUUCCAGCAACAACCAGCCCUCCAGAACUCUCCCAUGAAGGAGAAAACGCGCUCGCUGCAAGCAAAAAGCUGACCGCUAUUAACAAAAAAAGGACACCUUCCCUUGGCAGUAAAUUGGCCACAAAUAAAGGUGCUUCCACCAGUAAGUAUGCUUGUCCACACUGUGAUGAAACGUAUGCGAAUCCGUUCUUGCUAAAACAGCAUGUAAGGGUUCAUUUCAGCAAGAAGUUAACCCCUUGCACUGUGUGUUCAAAGAUGUUUCGCAACAAGAAAGGCAUGAAAAUCCACAGGGCGAAAGCCCACGAAAAUAAAAUGAAUGCAAGUGACGGAACAGAAGACCUCGCAUGGACAGAGCCUGUGGAGGAGAUUGAUAAUGAACCACAUGAUUUGAUUUCCAUCCACUCAAAGUCAUGUCAAAAGUCUAGCCCGAGUGACGAAGAAAAACAAAAUUCAGUGAUAAACGUGAAAUUACAAACAACGGGUCAAGACACGCAAAAGGGUUCCAGUUGUUUAUUGUGUCUGAAAAGGUUUGAAAACAACUAUGCCUUGAUUGAACACAUGGCCAGCCACAAGUAAGGCACUGGUCUCUUGAGAGAAGUGUCGGGUCAAGUUUGUUCAAACCUGAAGCAAAAUUUAUCAUUCAGACUAAAUGCGCUCACUGAUCAAGGCUUCUUUUAAAAGCUUAUUUUAUCAUUACUUUUAUUUUGAAGUAUAUCCAUAAAGUAAAUGUGUACAUGUUGUGGUAGGUCAGGUUGUUAGGAAAACUGGCUUCAACGUUCUUUUAACAGAUGUUAGACCAACUUUGCACAUCUGUGUAUUUAUAUGAUAUCUAUAGGAUUUAAUUUUAGUCUGGACUCACACUUUUCUGUUCACUGUCAAAUUAACCUUGCAGAUCCAAGUGGUAUGAGUACUCUACUUUUGUUGAUGAAAAAUAGAAAAUGCGGCUGCCUUUCAGGAUCUCCUUUUGCUGGGCUGGAAUAUGACACUUUUGAGUAUUGUCACAUUAUUUGUUCUGUAACAAGUUAAACCAAAAUGUUUUGAAUGUAUUUACCAUUGUAAUUAUCUCCAAAAAAAGUUACAUCUGUGUAUGAUUUGUUUUACCAUAAACCUGUGAUGGAACACACUAUUUUAUAGGACUUUUAUAUAUCCUUGAAAUCGUCAAAGAGUGACCUUUUAUGUUUUUUGUAAUUUAACUAUUCGAAUAUGUGCUUGGGAUUCAUUUUAUGCAGACUGUAUUUGUUGAGCUUUAUUCGUGGCAUUUGUUUUGGAAAUAAAGACUGAUGGUAAUCUUUAA